CUCCGUGUGUUGAUGUUUUGUGGAAACGGGGAAGCCAGCGGGACGGAGAGGGAGACCCGCUUGUUUUUGUUCUCGCAGCGCCGGAGCGCAGCCCCGCCGUGGACACGUACAGUCGCUCGUUAGUGGCCCGAGAGGACAGACGAGGCGCCGGAAGGACCUCACCACGCGAGACCAUCGGCAUCGCAUCGUUCGGUGAAAAAGGAGGACUCGUCGUCCCUCCGACCCGCUCCCUCACACCAGAGACAGACAGACAGCCAUGACGAUUCUUCCGAAGAAAAAGCCGAGCUCUGCAGUCGGAGUGUCCGACCACCCCGACGAGGCUGACCGCAGGAGCGGCUCGGACCCGCACCCGCACCCGCACCCGCACCCACACCCGCACCCUCACGCGCACAGCGGGCGGACGGGAGCGAGGCCAAGGGCGUCCCCGCCACCCUGGCCGUACCAGGCCGCGCCGCCGUCCUCCAGGGAGGAUAGGCGCAACGAGGCGAGCUCCCGGCCGCAGCAGGCCUCCCCUCCGCCCGUGGGCUCCGGCUCUCCAGUGGGCCCGGGGGAUGGAGGCGGAAGCGGCGGGGUGGCCUGCGUGGCGGGCGGUCGCGCGGAGCUGUCAGGCGGCGUCGGCUGCGGCGGAGGAAUCGGCAGCUGUUGCUCGGGCCCCGGCCUCACUAAGCGGCGGCGGCAGACGCCCUGUGCCGGAGGGGUGGCCGGCGGAGGGACGGUUGGGGUCGCCGGGGGCGGCGGCGGCGGAGGAGGUCCCAGUCCUGACCCAGAGGAGGGGGCCGGGUACAACAGCGAGGACGAGUACGAGAACGCGUCGAGGCUCCAGUCCAUGGAUCCCGCGACAGUGGAGCAGCAGGAGCACUGGUUCGAGAAAGCGCUAAGGGAAAAGAAGGGCUUUGUCAUUAAGAAAAUGAAAGAAGACGGAGCGUGCCUCUUCAGAGCAGUAGCUGAUCAAGUAUAUGGAGACCAAGAUAUGCACGAAGUAGUCCGAAAGCACUGUAUGGACUACUUGAUGAAGAAUGCAGACUACUUCUCUAACUAUGUCACAGAGGACUUUGCGACAUACAUCAACAGGAAGAGGAAAAACAACUGCCAUGGGAACCACAUUGAGAUGCAGGCAAUGGCUGAGAUGUACAAUCGGCCUGUGGAGGUUUACCAGUAUGGCACAGAACCUAUCAACACGUUCCAUGGCAUCCACCAAAACAACGACGAGCCAAUCAGAGUUAGCUACCAUCGUAACAUUCACUACAACUCUGUGGUGAACCCUAACAAAGCCACUAUUGGAGUAGGACUUGGGCUGCCUGCUUUCAAACCAGGGCAGUAUGCAGACCAGUUGCUGAUGAAGAACGCCAUCAAAACCUCUGAAGAGUCUUGGAUCGAGCAGCAAAUGCUGGAAGACAAGAAGAGAGCCACAGAUUGGGAGGCCACCAAUGAGGCCAUUGAGGAGCAGGUGGCCCGUGAGUCCUACCUACAAUGGCUCCAGGACCAGGAGAAGCAGGCACGGCAGCCCCGCAAAGCCAGCGCUACCUGCAGUUCUGCAACGGCAGCAGCAUCCAGUGGCCCGGAGGACUGGAGCGCCCGCUCUCCCCGCCAGCGCAGCUCGGCCCCCUCGCCAGAACACCCAGACCCCCCACACUCCGACACUGCCACCAAGCCUCCGUCCCCAGCUGGAGCUGCUCUUAUGCUGUCCAAACCACCCUCGCCCUGCGCCCCAGGUCCUAGCAGCCAGAUAUGUGUGGGCCCUGACAGAGCGACAUCGUCCUCCCUAGCGUCCCUGUACCCAGAGCUGGAGUACCGCGCCAUCAUGCAGGAAAUGGCUCCUACUGCCUUUGAUUGGGAAGAUGAUGAGAUUUUGGCUUCCGUCUUGGCAGUUUCACAUCAAGAGUACCUGGACAGCAUGAAGAAGAAUACAACACACAGAGAGCCCUCCCCUGACAACAGUUGAUACUGGGGAUGAGGGCACUGGAAACGUCCUCUGGGGAGAGACAAAAUUGAAAUGAACAAGUUUACUCAGUCAUCAUCGUACCCUCCAGUCUCCUCUCUUACCUCUUUCAUCCUCUGGAUCUGCCUCUCCUCCAUCUUGUACAGCAUCAUCAUAUUCAUCCUGUCCAGUACCUUUUCCAUCAUAACACCCCAGACUCCAUUGGACUUAUUUAGGUGCAUGUUUAAAUAAACAUAAGAAACAUUAUCAUAGAAAACGAAAACAAAAGAAUAAAAAUUGUAAUAAUGUCAUUAUCUUC